AUGCCCGGGGAUCCCCCCGGCCCGGGGGCGUCGCGGGCGAGGGAAGCCCCGGUGCUUCCCCGGGGGAAGCUCCGCUCGGCGCGGCGCUGCCGCCCCCCCCCCGCCGCCUCUCGCCCCGCCGGGGGUCCCGGUGCGGACUCACCUGCCUGUGCAGCCCCGGUGGCGGAGCGGCCCCGCGCCCCGGGCCGGAGCGGCCGCGCCCCGCGCAGCGCGGCGGGCCCGGAGCCGGCGGCGGCGGCGGGGCCGGUGGGCGGGAUCCUCCGCCCGGGCCUCCCCGGGGCUCCCCGCCCCCGGCCCGCCCCGCCGGGGGGGCCGUGCAGCGCCGAGCACCCCCGGCCCCGCGCCCGGAGCCAUCACAGCUCCUCGCCCCGAGGGAGAGGAGCUGCCCCGGGUCCUCAGACCGGGAGGGGCGGGGGACACACCAGGAGACCCAGCGAGGAGCUGCCGGGACCCCCGAGCCCGGGGCAGCCGGUGUCAGAGGCUCUGGGGGUGCUUCACGCCCCCCGCCCUGCCGCGUCCCCCCAAACCUCAGUGGGAGACCCCUCGACCCCGACCGGCCCCCCCCCCGAGCGCUCCGCGCCCCCAGCGCUGCCCUCGCUUCCCCCCUGGACCUUCCCGCCCCCUCCCCAGCUCCUCGGAGGGAGCAAGACCCCCCCCAGUCCCACCCCGACGGGGUCACCGUGCCCCCCCGCCCGGCACCGGCAUCGCUUACUCGGGGAAACCCGACCUGCGGCGGCGGCACCGGGGGGGGCGGGAGCCGGGGGGGGGCCGGAGCGAGUCCCCAGCCCAGCCCUGGACUGCCCGGGCCGAGGGUCGCUGGGCUGGGCCGGGGCUCGGGGUCCCGCCGCCCCGGGGCACCGGCGGGGCCUGCUCAGGACCAUGGAGAGCGGCCGCCGUUACCGGGCCCCGGGGCCGCCGGCCGGGACGCGGCUGCCCCGGCCCCGAGCACUGACGUUCUCCCGCUGCUCCGGGAGUAUAAACCAGUUAGGAGGCGCCUGGCCUGGAUCUCGGCUCAAUUAG